AUCGCGGGUCGAGCUGGGUCGACACGACGUUGACGCGUCGUUUACGUCAGUUUACGUUUAGACGUAGAUCGAAGCGAUUAGUGGAUACGCGGGAGCAUGACGCGAUUGAUCAAUCGAAGGAAACUGUUCGCGAAAACAUGCUGGCGUCGCGCGGAAACUUGGUUUACGGAUUCGACGGAAAAUCCGUGUACGUGAACGGGACGAAACGUCGAGAAAAUGCCAGCGACGUUAUGACGGCGAAUCGUAUCGUCGCGUUUCUAGUGUUCGCGUCCGGUGUCGCGGUUGCAGUCAUCGGCACCCUGUUGUCUCAAUACAUUCGCGGUUCUUUCAAGGGUUUUCCAGAUUACGACUAUCGCCAUGUAUUCGUCCCGUUGCCCUCGGAAGGUACGUUGGACGUGUACGACGAAGCGGAUACCUUGGACGUGGCGUUGCCGACGUGGUCUCAGUUGGAUCGACUGGAAGCCCGAGACAGCGCGAGGACCACCGCCGAGGCGUUAACGUCGUUGCACUUGGCGCUCGAGAUGAAAUUAUCGGGAAAGCGAAAGAAGGCGGUCAAAUUGUUUCGACACGCGGUCGCUUUGGCUCCUCGCCAUCCGGAUAUCUUGAAUCAUUACGGAGAAUUUCUCGAGCACACGCAGAACGACGUGAUCAAAGCGAACGAAUAUUAUGUACGGGCGUUGAGUUACCAACCGAAUCACGAGGGAGCUCUGAUAAACAGUCAGAGGACGGCUCGCGUCGUCGAAGAAUUGGAUAGGCGGAUGCUCAGGCGCAUAGACGAGAAGAGGAACGCGUUGUCCGCUAUACCGGAUAACAACGCUGCCUUGAUUCGCGCCAAAAAGGAGGCUUACUUUCAACACAUUUACCACACGGUUGGUAUAGAGGGAAACACGAUGAAUCUCGCGCAAACCAGAGCCAUAGUCGAAACUCGUACCGCGGUCGCUGGCAAGAGCAUCGACGAGCACAACGAGAUUCUCGGGUUGGACGCUGCGAUGAAAUACAUCAACGCCACCCUGGUCAAUCGAGUUGGCUCCAUUUCCAUCAAGGACAUACUCGAUAUACACACGCGCGUACUGGGACACGUGGAUCCCGUCCAAGGCGGUCAAUUUCGACGCACCCAAGUGUACGUCGGUGGUCACGUGCCUCCCGGUCCCGGUGACAUACAUUACCUGAUGGAGGAAUUCGCGAUGUGGUUGAACAGCGAAAGGGCUAUUCGAAUGCAUCCGGUCAGGUACGCGGCUUUGGCGCAUUACAAGCUGGUGCACAUACAUCCGUUCUCCGACGGUAACGGUAGGACGUCUCGCUUGUUAAUGAACAUGAUCCUCAUGCAGGCCGGCUAUCCGCCGGUUAUCAUUCACAAACAACACCGGCACACCUACUACGAGAACCUCCAAAUCGCUAACGCGGGAGAUGUCCGACCGUUCGUCAGAUUCAUCGCCGAGUGUACGGAGCAAACGUUGGAUCUGUUCUUAUGGGCUACCAGCGAAUUCUCCAGACAAGUGCCGGCUCUCGGUCAAGAUACCCUGUUCACGGAACGACAGGACACCAUCGUUUUGGAGGAGGACGGCAGCGGUCAGGAUGAUUUCGAUAACGACUGACGUCCGUUACGGUGAUUCGUAGCAAAAUGUCGCGCGACACCCUGUUAGUAUUUUUUCGACCAAAGAUUUUUUUCGCGCCGACUAGAUUCGUCUGCGUAAAUACGUUUUGUUUCGCGUGUAAUUCAUCGAUCAGAUAGCGUCUCGCUACCAAUAUGCUUCCGUUCGUUUCACUUUUCGUUCCGGUCUACUCUGUUAUAUACAAUUCGCGUUAGGAUAAAACGCGCGGACAUUUACGAAAUCCAAUCGAAGACUGUGAUCUAACGUAAGAACCUAUGUAAGAGGGAGUAUAUUUAUCGGGAGGGGGGAUUUUUAAUCGUCGGUACAUCGAUCUUGUCGCAAAAGAUAUCGCGCGCGUAAACAAAUUUUACUUGCUGGCCAAGUAAUUUGUCGUACACGAAAGAACGUAAAUACGUAUACGGUUUUUAAUAAACACGUUAUUUUGGAAAUCAU